AUGAAAAAUUUUCUGGACCAACUUGAGAAAUUAGACAUUUUUGGUGUUCCAAUAAGUCUUUUAACUAAUAAGGAAAAUGAAAAAUUUUAAAGUAAACUUGGUGGCAUUACAACAAUUGUCGUAAGCAGUCUAAGCCUUAUUUAUUUUUUGUAUAUAUUCGUUUUAUGGAAUAAUAAUUAACUAGCACCAACAAUAAGCUCAAAAUAAGAAAUAUUAGGGUAUGCUGAAUUUGAAUUAAAAGAAUCAGUCAUUGAAAUAUAAUUGUUAGAUUUUCUUGGUGACAUUGAUCCUUUUAAAAAAGAGAAUAAUAUCAUAACUCCUCUUUUAUUCACAUUUAUAAAUACUUCAAUAUUAGAAGAACCAAUACCUUUGUUUUCAAGUGAAGAUCAACCAUAUCGAAUUCAAUUAAAAAACCUUACUAUAGUAUUAAAUUCAUUGUCAAAUUAAGAUUAAAUGAAUUAGUAACAGAGAUAAUAUUCAAUUGUUUUAGCUAGAUGUUCAUAAGAUUAUGCUAUUUUUGGAAGUUAUUGUGCAGAUGAAAAUACUAUUAAUGAUUAUUUAUCAAGAUUUCAUGGAUUCUUGUAUAUAAAUAUAUAUUUAAGUAAAUUAAAUAUAGUCACAAAAGAAUUUGAAUAGUUAAAAAAAUAAUAUUAUACAGGUUUUGAUGCUAACAAACCUUUUUACUCUCAAAUUAUGUUGAAAUAACAAAAAACUAUUAUUGAUGAUGGAAUUUUAUUCAAUAAUUACGAAGAAUAUAAUUUUUUAAAUAAUUAUGAGAUAAUCAGUUAAGAAACUGACUUAAAAUUUGCAGCUAAAGUAAUUAAUUUAACUUCAAAUUUUUCUUAUGAUUUUGAUAGUUAUGGUUGUUAUCUUUUUAGAAUAGACAAUAUAUCAAUUAUUGAAGAAGUUUCCUACCCAAAAUUAGGAUAAGUUUUAGCUUAAAUUGGUUCAAUAAUCCAAUUAAUAUUUUUAUUAAAGCAUAUAAUAAUAUAUUAUAACAAUCUAUUAUUAGAAAAUUUAUUAUUCAAUUCUAUUAUAAAGAUGUAUUACCCAGAAUUUAAAGAAUAUAAAUUCAACUUAUUAAAUUAAAUUCAAAUUUCAAAUAAGAAUAUCAAUAAUAUUUAAAUUCCAUUUCAUAUCCUAACUAAAAUGCAUUAAGCUUUACUAAAAGGAGCCAGAAAAAAAUGCAGAUUAAUUAAUGUAUUAUAUGAAAUUUCAAGAAUUUAAUUUAUUUUACAGGAAAAAUUUGGAGAUUAAUUCUUAUUUUAAAGUCAUUAAAUGGGUUCAAAGUUAGUUUAUAAAGAAAUAGAAUAAGAUAAUUAAAGAAAAUCAAAUCGGUUAUAAAUUAAACCUUUUGAUUCUAUGGAAAUAGAAAAUCAAUCCCUAUGUAUAGAAUAAUUAGAAUUGUUGAUUCAAUAAUAAUGA